GCUGUCAAAACGAACAGAUAAUUUCGAGCUCGGAAAAAAAAAAAAGAGUAAGCUUUAAAAAAAUGGUGAUUUUAUCGGCGAGCUCCACCGUGAGAGCUGCCUUGGAUACACAACCUAGACUUCCAUACAACCCUAAUUCGCCGCGAAAAGUUAAGAAAAUCCCUAACAAUAAUUCAUUCUUACCGCCGCCGUCACCUGCACCGUCUCCGGGAAUAAGCAUCUCUGUCGCGGAUUUGCUCAAGCGUCCCGCAAGUAAAGAGUUAACUGUUGACGUUGAUGAUACGUAUAUGGGUUAUGAGACAUGGUCUCCAAGUCCACCAAAGUUGGAGAAACCAAGAUCAGUCUUCAAUGCUGCUUCUUUGGCCUUUAUAGGCGAUUCCAUUUAUGAGCUAUAUGCUCGUAGGCAUUUUCUUUUCCCUCCGCUUAGUAUUGAAGAUUAUAACGAUCGUGUUAGAGCAGUGGUGCGCUGUGAAGCACAGUAUGCUUUGCUGAAGAAACUUGUUGAUGAUGACUUCCUAACAAAGGAAGAGAGGGAUAUUCUUAGGUGGGGAAAGAAUCUAGGUUCCGCUAGAACACGUACAAGAAGGCGUGCAGGUAAUGCGGUUUAUAACAAGGCAUCAUCAUUGGAGACACUAAUUGGUUAUCUGUAUCUGACAAACGGGAAAAGAUUAGAGAAAAUAAUGCAGAAGCUAGGAUUCUCAAGCGACUCUUCAACUGAGAUCGUGAUUGAAGAGGCCAAGCCCAAACCAUCAGAAUCCAACCUCCCAAACUUCAUACUCAACGAGCAAGUGGUGUCAUAAUAGUUGUAGAAAAAGGUCUCUACUCUUAUCGGACCAUGGAACAGCUGAAGAAUCAAAGUUCCUUAGGAGG